AUGGAUCAGAAUUUGUUCGGAGGGGUCCCUCGGUUCCUCACCCGCCCUAAGGCCUUCUCGGUGUGUGCGGGGAAGGAUGCCACGCUCAGCUGCACCAUCGUGGGCAGCCCCACCCCUCUCAUCACCUGGGAGAAAGACAAGCUGAAGCUGAUGUCCGGCGGUCGCUUCAAGACUGUGGAGGACGGAGACGUGUACCGCCUGACCAUCUACGACCUGACGCUGGAGGACAGCGGCCAGUACAUGUGCCGGGCCAAGAACAGCGUCGGCGAGGCGUACGCCGCCGUCACCCUGAAGGUGGCCCUGCCGACAGAGAUGACCCAGCGGGCCCCCGUGUUCAUGGUGAAGCCCACCUCCACUCGCGUGGUUCUGGGUGGAGACGUGGUCUUCCACUGUCGGGUGGCGGCUCACCCCGAGGCCAACUUCGAAUGGGAGAAGGACGGGCGCUACCUGGGCGAGACCAACCGCAUCAAGAUCGCCUCGGACGGCGACAUAAGCACCCUGAAGAUCCAGAGCGUCCGCAACAUGGACGCCGGCACCUACACCUGCCGGGUGCAGAACGCGGUGGGCCGGGCGCACGCCGCGGCCGCUCUGACGGUGGAUGCUCAGGACGCGAGGCAUCAGGCGGCCGACAAGAACACGUCGCUCCUGUCGCACCUGCAGAAACGCAAGGAGGAGAUGAAGAAGGACAUCUCGGUGUAUCGUACAGAAGAGAGCAGCACCUCGGUGACCUCGUCCUCCUCCACCACGGCCAGCAUCAUCGACGGCCUCGGCUCCCUGAGUCAUGAGCUCAGGGCGGCGGCGCUCGCCAAACUCCCCAAGGGGGUGUUCACCCGCACCUGCACGGUGACCGAGGGCAAGCACGCCAAGCUCAGCUGCUUCGUGACGGGCCACCCCAAACCGCACAUCAUUUGGAGGAAAGACGGCAGCAACAUCAGCGAGGGCCGCCGGCACGUCAUCUACGAGGACUACGCCGAGAACUUCAUCCUCAAGAUCCUGUACUGCAAGCAGAGCGACAACGGCCUCUACACGUGCAACGCCACCAACAUGGCCGGGCAGACCUACAGCGCCGUGCUGGUCACUGUCAAAGAGCCCAAGGUGCCGUUCAGGAGGAAGCUGCAGGAUGUGGAGGUUCAGGAGAAAACGUCGGCGACGCUGUUGUGCGAGGUGCCGGUCGUGGCCACCCAGACCGACUGGUUCAUGGAGGAGACGCGCCUGCGCCAGAGCAGCAAGUACCACAUGGAGGAGGACGGCACCCUGCGGCGCCUCACCAUCCACAACGUCACCACCAACGACGACGGUGUUUACAUCUGUGAAAUGAACGAGGGCAGCCGCACGGUGGCCGAGCUCACCGUCCUCGGUAACAUCACCAAGAAGCUUCCUCGCAGGACAGUGGUGCCGGUCAGUGACACCGUCAUCUUCUGCGUGGAGCUGGAGCAGCCGUGUGCCGACGCCUACUGGACCAGAAACGGGGACAAGCUGAAGGAGGACGCCCGCAUCUCCAUCGCCUGCGUGCUGCGACAGUACACCCUGACCAUCAGGGACUGUCAGGCGGACGACUCCGGAGAGGUGGCGUUUGUGGCCGGAGAUUGCAAGACUUCCACACGCUUCACCGUCACAGCUGCGAGGAAACAUCCGCCCGAUCCCCCAGUCGACGCCGUGGUGCGGAACAAGACCGACUCGUCCAUCACCAUCCAGUGGUCGCCUCCAGACAGCGAUCGGCCCGUGCCCAUCAAAGCCUACAUCGUGGAGAAGAGGAAGGUCGGCACGCAGACGUGGCAGCGCUGCAAUGCUGGAGAAACCAUCGUCUCCACGGAGAUCACCAUCUGCAGCUUCAGCGAGGAGGCAAGCUACCAGUUCCGCGUUUCCGCCAUGAACGACUUCGGCCAGAGUGCGUACCUGGAGGUACCAGGAAGCUUCUACCUGGAACCCACCGCCGAGAUCCGGAAAGGCCUGACCAACAGCACCUCCUUCUGCGGGGAGGAGUUCUCCAUCUCCGUGGAGCUCUCCGCCGUCUGCUCGGGCUUCUGGUCCCUGAAUGGACGCCUCCUUCGCAGCGGAUCUGAAUACCUCAUCACCAGGACAAAGACCACACACACACUGAUCAUCCGAACGGUGACCGCCGAGUUGAACGGAACCGAGGUCAAGUUCGUGGGUGGAGGCUCGCAGACCAGCUGCAUCCUCUCGGUGAAGGCCCCUCCUGUCAGGUUCACAAACAGAUCGGAGGGAGUGAAGGUGGUGACCUGCAGCGCUCAGGACGCCGCUCAGCUCACCGCCGAGGUGUCCGAUUACGACACGCAGGUGGCUUGGAUGAAAAACGGCCGCGAGGUGAAAAUGGGAAAGAAGUACGAAUACAUCAUAAGCGAACGAAGGAGGAUCCUGAUUAUCCACAACGUCACAGAGGAGGACGUGGGCGUCUACGAGUGCGUUUUAGGAGACGACAGGAUGCCCUUCCAACUCACACUGAAAGAUGAACCAGCAAAGUUCCUGAACAAAGCCAGAGGGACGAUGGGAAUGUCCUCUUCCCUGAAAGGCGAUCUGGAGCUGAGCUGCGAGGUCUCGCCUGCCAGCGCCGCUGUGGUGUGGAGGAAAGACCAAGUGGAGAUCAUCGAGGACCAAAGAACCACCUUCAUCUCCAAAGGGACUCAAAGGAAGCUCGUGAUCAAAAACGCCAAGAAGAGCGACGAGGGCCACUACUCCUGCGAGACGGCGGCGGACAAAGUCACAUUCCAGGUCAAGAUCAAAGAAACCGCAGCCGUCUUCUCCAAAAAGGAGGCGGUGCAGAAGGAGGUGAAGGCCUCCCUGUCUCAGAAAGCCUCCCUGAGCUGCACCGUGUCCGACAGCAAGACCGAGGUCAAGUGGUACAAAGACGGCAAGCAGCUGAUUUCCAGCCGGACCGUGUACUCCGAGGUGAAGGGGAACACUCGCCUGCUGGUGAUGGAGAAGGUGGAGAAGAGCGACGCCGGAGAGUACACCUGCGAGGCCGGAGGAGAGAAGCUGGUCUUCAAGGUGGCCGUGUCAGACCUUCCUGCUUCUGACCUACAGCCGAAAUCUGCCUUCUCCAACAAGGAGUCGGUGCAGAAGGAGGUGAAGGCGUCUCUGUCUCAGAAAGCCUCUCUGAGCUGUGAGGUGGCCGACUCCAAGACGGAGGUCAAAUGGUACAAAGACGGCAAACUGCUGACUUCCAGCAAGACGAUUCACACCGAGUCCAAAGGAAAGAGCCGUCAGCUGAUGCUGGACAGCGUGGAGAAGAAAGACGCAGGAGAGUACAUCUGUGAGGCCGGGACCGAGAAGCUCAAGUUCAGACUGCAGGUGGAAGAGCUCCAGGUCCAGUCAGGCUUCUCCAACAAGGAGUCGGUGCAGAAGGAGGUGAAGGCGUCUCUGUCUCAGAAAGCCUCUCUGAGCUGUGAGGUGGCCGACUCCAAGACGGAGGUCAAAUGGUACAAAGACGGCAAACUGCUGACUUCCAGCAAGACGAUUCACACCGAGUCCAAAGGAAAGAGUCGUCAGCUGGUGCUGGACAGCGUGGAGAAGCAAGACUCAGGAGAGUACGUCUGUGAGGCCGGGACGGAGAAGCUCAAGUUCAGACUGCAGGUGGAAGAGCUCCAGGUCCAGUCAGGCUUCUCCAACAAGGAGUCGGUGCAGAAGGAGGUGAAGGCGUCUCUGUCUCAGAAAGCCUCACUGAGCUGUGAGGUGGCCGACUCCAAGACGGAGGUCAAAUGGUACAAAGACGGCAAACUGCUGACUUCCAGCAGGACGAUUCACACCGAGUCCAAAGGAAAGAGCCGUCAGCUGGUGCUGGACAGCGUGGAGAAGAAAGAUGCUGGAGAGUACGUCUGUGAAGCCGGGACUGAGAAGCUCAAGUUCAGACUGCAGUUGGAAGAGCUCCAGGUCCAGUCAGCCUUCUCCAACAAGGAGUCGGUGCAGAAGGAGGUGAAGGCGUCUCUGUCUCAGAAAGCCUCUCUGAGCUGUGAGGUGGCCGACUCCAAGACGGAGGUCAAAUGGUACAAAGACGGCAAACUGCUGACUUCCAGCAGGACGAUUCACACCGAGUCCAGAGGAAAGAGCCGUCAGCUGGUGCUGGACAGCGUGGAGAAGAAAGACGCUGGAGAGUACGUCUGUGAGGCCGGGACGGAGAAGCUCAAGUUCAGACUGCAGGUGGAAGAGCUCCAGGUGCAGUCGGUGCAGAAGGAGGUGAAGGCGUCUCUGUCUCAGAAAGCCUCUCUGAGCUGGGAGGUGGCCGACUCCAAGACGGAGGUGAAGUGGUACAAAGACGGCAAACUGCUGACUUCCAGCAAGACGAUUCACACCGAGUCCAAAGGAAACAACAGGGAGCUGGUCCUGGACAGCGUGGAGAAGAAAGAUGCAGGAGAGUACGUCUGUGAGGCCGGGACGGAGAAGCUCAAGUUCAAACUGCAGGUGGAAGAAGCUCAGGCGGGUUUCUCCAACAAGGAGACAGUCCAGAAGGAGGUGAAAGCUCCUCUCUCUCAGAAAGCCACUCUGAGCUGCGAGGUUUCAGAUCCUAAGAUGGACGUGAAGUGGUACAAAGAUGGAAAGCUGCUCACCUCCAGCAAAGCAGUCCACAUGGAGUCAAAGGGAAAGAUUCGUGAGCUGGUGAUUGAAAAGAUGGAGAAGAAAGAUGCUGGAGAGUACACCUGCGAGGCUGCAUCUGAGAAGCUGGUGUUCAAACUGCAGUCCUCUGAUGCAGCAGUUAAGUUCCAGAAGAAGUCGGUGAAGGACUCGUACACCGUCCAAGCAAGUGAGAGCAUUGUUUUGAGCGCGGAGGUGACGGCAGAGAGCGCCACCGUCAGGUGGUUCAAGGACGGCGUGGAGCUCAAGCAGAGCAGCAAGUACGAGAUGAAGAAGGAUGGCUGCUCGCGGACGCUGAUCGUGAAAUCCAGCGAGAGCAAGGACAGCGGCUUGUACUGCUGUCAGACCGCUGACGACAAACUGGACUUCAAAGUCCAGGUCAAAGAUGUGGGUUUAAAGUUUGUCGUUCCAUUGAAACCUGCGUCGGUGGAGCUGGGAGGAAUGCUCAGUCUGAUGUGCGAGUUGAAUCAGACCACCGGGGACGUCGUGUGGAAGCGUGACGGCCGGGAGAUCAAACCCGGCGGCAGGUCAAGCAUCAGGACAGACGGGGCAAAGCGAAUCCUCACUGUGACCGGCAUGGCCAAAGAGGAUGAAGGAGAAUACAGCUGUGAAUGUAGGAACGAUAAGACCUCAGCUAAAGUCUCCUCUAAAGCACCGCGAGCGGUGAGGUUCACCACCAAACUGAACAACGUGGCUGCGACGGAGGGAAAAGAUGCCAUUUUCAAGUGUGCCGUCAACCCGUCGGACGCCAGCGUCAAAUGGUUCCACAACGGCGCCGCCGUCACCGCCGGGUCCAAGUACAAGCUGGAGCACGGCGGCGGCAGCCACUCGCUCACCAUCACCUCCGUCACUCCGAAGGACGGAGGGGAGGUCAGCGUGGACGCCGAGGGCAAGACCUGCCAGGCCUCGCUGCAAGUGCAACGUGAACCCGUGACCUUCAAGAAGAAGCUGGAGAACCUGACAGCGGAGGAGCAGAGCGAGGUGAAGCUGGAGGUGGAGCUGAGCAAGGCGUCGGAGGAGGUGCGGUGGAUGAAGAACAGCGUUGUGCUGCAGGCCGGAGGCAAUGUGGAGAUCCGCGUGAACGGGGUCAAGCAGGCGCUGGUCUUCAAGAGCGUCACGCACGCAGACCGAGGUUUCUACUCCUGUGAGACUCUCGACGACAAGACGCAGGCCAAACUCACUGUGGAGAUGAAGAAGAUUGAGGUGCUGAAGCCUCUGAAGGAGACCAAGGCUCAUGAGACGGAGACAGUGACUAUGGAGGUGGAGCUCAGUGUGGCUGACGUGGAGGGAUCGUGGACCAAAGACGGGGCCAAGCUGAAGCCCGGGGACAACGUCCGCCUCACGGCUCUGGGAAAGAAACACGCUCUGACAUUCUCCAACCUGAAGAUGGAGGACGCAGGCCUGGUGUCGUUCACCGCAGAGGGAGUCCACACCUCAGCCCGACUCAUCGUCACGGAACCGCCUGCCAUGAUCUCCAAGCCCAUCAUGGACGUCAGUGUUCCCGAGAAGGAGAAGGCGACGUUUGAAUGUGAAGUGUCCAGAACAAACGCAGACGUCCGAUGGUUCAAGAACGACGCGGAACUGAAACCGGGGAAGAACGUUGGCAUUCACUCCGUGGGCCGGAAACGCACGUUAAUCAUCAGCAGAUGUUCUUCUGAAGAUGGCGGCACCUACAUCUGUCGCACCGCCGAUGACAACACCUCGGCUAAGCUCACCGUGAAAGCGAGAGACGUGAAGAUUGUGAAGAAGCUGGAGGACGUGGAGGUGAUGGAGAAGGAGAGCGCUUCAUUUGUCUGUGAGAUCUCACACGAUGAGGUGGAGUGCCAGUGGUACAAAGGCAGCGCAAAGAUCAAAGCCAGCGACAAUGUGAAGUUGAGACAGGAGGGUAAAACCUACGUGUUGCUGUUCAGAUCUGUGACCAUUGAAGACAUGGGUGAGAUUAAAUUUACAGCUGAGAAGGUUUCAUCAACGGCGAAGCUCAAAGUCAAAGAGCUGCCGGUGAAGUUUGUGAAGAAGCUCAGGGAUAAGAUAGCCAUGUAUAAGCACCGCGUUCACCUGGAGUGCCAGGUGUCUCGAGCGAGCGCCAAGGUGAGAUGGUACAAGAACAAGACGGAGAUCAAGGCCGGGAAAAAGUACGAGAUCAAGAGUGAGGACGUGUACAGGAAGCUCACCAUCAACGACGUGGACUCCGUGGACGAGGACACGUACACCUGCGACGCCGCAGAUGACAAGACGUCCUGUAAACUGCUGGUGGAAGAGCAGUCCAUCAGCAUCGUGCGGGAGCUGAGCCCGGUGGAGGUGACGGAGCCGUUCGCGGCAGUCUUCGAGGUGGAGAUCAGCAUGGAGCUGGUCAAACCUCCCGUCUGGACCCUGAACGGAGUCGGCGUGCAGGAGGGCGCCGACGUGGAGAUGGAGAAGGAAGGCACGCUGCACCGGCUCACCUUCAAAAAGACCAAAGCCUCCAUGACGGGAGCUGUGCAGUUCACGGCCGGAAAGAGCAAGUCUACAGCCCAGCUCACAGUGAAAGAGCGUCCCCUGGAGAUCGCGGAGCCCCUCAAAGACGUGAAGGCGAAGGAGAAGAGCUCGGCCAUACUCAGCUGCAAGUUCUCUGCUCCGCCCAAAGACGUCAAAUGGUUCAGAGGGUCGGUUCCUCUGUCAGCCUCCGACAAACACAACAUGAAGCAAGACGCCACGCGGGCGCAGCUGACCAUCCAGAGGCUGACGGAGGAGGACAGCGGGGAGUAUCGCUGUCAGUCCGGACCCGCCGAGACGAAGGGAAAACUCACAGUAGAAGUGCGCGACAUUCAGAUCACAAAGCACCUCGCGGAUACGCAGGUGGACGAAGACGGCGACGCCUCCUUCACCUGCGAGGUGAACUACGAGGACGAGGAGGCGCAGUGGCUCCUCAACAACAAGCCUCUCUGCACCAACGAAGUGAACUCCAUCAGCCACGAAGGCAAAGUUCACCGGCUCGUGCUGAAGAACCUGGCGCCCCAGGACGGAGGAACCAUCACCUUCCAGGUCCGCAAGGUCAAAGAGUCGGUCACGCUCAAGGUCAAAGAAAAGCGUGCGGAGUUCCUGAAGUCUCUGGACGAUGUCACCGGAGAAGAAAAGGGGAUGAUAACUCUGGCCUGCGAGGCUUCAAAGCCCAGAGUUUCCCCCAUUUGGAGAAAAGAAGGUAAAGUCUUAAAAGCCGGACCAAAAUACGAGCUCCUCCACACGGGAAAGUCUCUGGGACUCAUCAUCAAGGAUGUGACCAAAGACGACGCCGGAGAGUACAGCUGCGACCUCGGCACCGAGGUUUCCAAGUCCAAGGUGACGGUCCGAGAAAUCGGCAUUGGGAUCACGAAGUGGCUGAAGUCGGCCGAGGUGAACGAGGGCGAGUCCUGCAGCUUCGAGUGCAUCCUGUCUCGCGAGAGCUCGGACGAGACGUCCUGGACCGUCAACGGUCAGAGCGUUAAAAGUGGCGGUCGCUUCAAGAUCUCCAAUAAAGGACGCAAAUACAUGCUGACCAUCACGGAUGCAAGACCUGCUGACGCCGGAGAGGUGGUGUUCAAAAUCAAGGACCUGUGCUCCAAAACCACCUUAGCAGUGGAAGGCAAAGCUUCGUCUAUAUUGAAGGAACUGCAGAACAUCAGCGUCGUUCACGGGGAGGACGCCGUCUUCACCUGCGAGGUGACUCAGGCAACCGCCACUGUGAAGUGGGCCAAAGACGGCAAAGCCAUCAAAAAGAGCCAGAAGUACGAGCUGAGUCAGCAAGAGAAAGUCGUGAAGCUGACCGUCCGCAGCGUGUCGGCUCAGGACUCUGGAGAGUACAGCUGUGAGGUGGUCGGAGGAGCAACCACCAGAGCCAAGCUGGAAAUCAAAGAACCGAUCCAUAAGUUCACUAAAGUGCUGUCGGACGUCCAGGCGGACGAAAAGAACGCGGUGACGCUGCAGUGCGAGACGGCUCAGAGCCCGUCCGCCGUGGUUUGGCUGAAAGGUCACGCGGAGCUGAAGGCCGGCGGCCGAUACCAGAUGACGCAGAAGGACGGCGUCCUGACUCUCACCAUCAAACAGCUGGAGGAGAAAGACACCGACAUCUACACCUGCGACGUGGGCACAGCCAAGAGCAUGGCCAAAGUCACAGUCAAAGCGCCGCCGGCCUCCUUUACCGAGAAGCUCAAAAACCAGGAGAUGAAGGAAGGAGAGACGGCGACGCUCCGCUGUCAGUUAUCCAAACCUGCAGCUGGCGUCCAGUGGAAGAAAGGCUCCGAAGCUCUCAGACCGGGAGAAAAGUACGACAUGAAGCAGAAGGAGACCUCGUGCAUCCUGCAGAUCAGGAACCUGCAGGUUGAAGACGGCGCCGAGUACUCGUGUGUGUGCGGGGAUGAGAAAACAACAGCAAGCCUGAAAGUCACGGCGUUACCGCCGACCUUCAUCCGGCCGCUGCAGAGCCAGGAGGCCGAGGAGGGAGGCAGCGUGACUCUUCGCUGUGAGCUCUCUAAAUCCGGAGUCCCAGUGGAGUGGAAGAAGGGAUCCGAUGUCCUGAAGGCCGGAGAGAAGUACCAGGUGAAGCAGGAGGCCUCAGUGAGCGAGCUGCUCAUCGACAAGGUGCAGCCAGGAGACAGCGGAGACUACAGCUGUGUGUGUGGAGAGCAGAAGACCACAGCCAGCAUCAGCAUCAAGGUCCGACCAGCGACCUUCAUCCGGCCACUGCAGAGCCAGGAGGCCGAGGAGGGAGGCAGCGUGACCCUGCGCUGUGAGCUCUCUAAAUCCGGAGUCCCAGUGGAGUGGAAGAAGGGAUCCAAGGUCCUGAAGGCCGGAGAGAAGUACCAGGUGAAGCAGGAGGCCUCAGUGAGCGAGCUGCUCAUCGACAAGGUGCAGCCAGGAGACAGCGGAGACUACAGCUGUGUGUGUGGAGAGCAGAAGACCACAGCCAGCGUCAGCAUCAAGGCCCGACCAGCGACCUUCAUCCGGCCGCUGCAGAGCCAGGAGGCCGAGGAGGGAGGCAGCGUGACUCUGCGCUGUGAGCUCUCCAAAGCCGGAGUCCCAGUGGAGUGGAAGAAGGGAUCCGAGGUCCUGAAGGCCGGAGAGAAGUACCAGAUGAAGCAGGAGGCCUCAGUGAGCGAGCUGCUCAUCGACAAGGUGCAGCCAGGAGACAGCGGAGACUACAGCUGUGUGUGUGGAGAGCAGAAGACCACAGCCAGCGUCAGCAUCAAGGCCCGGCCAGCGACCUUCAUCCGGCCGCUGCAGAGCCAGGAGGCCGAGGAGGGAGGCAGCGUGACUCUGCGCUGUGAGCUCUCUAAAGCCGGAGUCCCAGUGAAGUGGAAGAAGGGAUCCGAGGUCCUGAAGGCCGGAGAGAAGUACCAGGUGAAGCAGGAGGCCUCAGUGAGCGAGCUGCUCAUCGACAAGGUGCAGCCAGGAGACAGCGGAGACUACAGCUGUGUGUGUGGAGAGCAGAAGACCACAGCCAGCGUCAGCAUCAAGGCGCUGCCGGUGGUUUUCAGUAAAGAGCUCCAGAGCCAGACGGUGGAUGAAGGCGACAGCGUCUCGUUUCUCUGUGAGCUCUCUAAACCCGGCGUCCCCGUCGAGUGGCGCAAAGAACAGCUCGGUCUGUGUCCGUGCGCCAAAUACCACAUCGAACAAUCCGGACGGGAGGCGACGCUCGUCGUCCACGACGUGGACCCAGAGGAUUCUGGGAGAUACACAUGUGACGCUGGUGACCGUCAGAGCACCGCACAGCUGGCUGUGAACGCUCGGCCGGUCCUGUUUAAAACUCAGCUUCAGAGUCUGGAGGCUGAGGCGGGACGGAGCGUGAGUCUCCGCUGUGAGACCACCAAGCCCGGAGCCGCCGUGGUUUGGAGAUGUGGCGACAGGCUGCUGACGUCCAGCAGCAAAUAUCAGCUGAAGCAGGACGGGCCUGCGGUGGAGCUGCUGAUCUUUAAGCUCCGGCCAGCUGACUCUGGGGAGUACUCGUGUGACUCGGGCAGCCAGAGGACCUCGGCGGUCCUCACAGUGCAUGAGGCGGACGUGAGCAUCGUGCGAUUCCUGGACAGCCGCGUCGUGCGCGAGGGCGACGACGUCCGCUUCGAGUGCCUGCUCUCGCACGAGGACGCGCCUCCGGUGCGGUGGACGCUGCAGGACGUCCCGCUGCAGAGCAACGAGAUGAACGUGAUCCAGAGCGAGGGCCGCACGCACAGCCUCACGCUCAGGGGCGUCACGGCCGCCGACACCGGGACCGUCUGCUUCUCAGUGGGGAACCACACCUCCACCGCCUCGCUCACCGUCACAGCGGCAGCCGUUUCCUUCAAGAAGGAGCUGGAAAGUCAGGAGGCCGUGGAGGGAGGCGAGGUCUCGCUGUCCUGCGAGACGUCCCACCAAGACUGCACGGUGACCUGGAGGAGGGGCUCCAGCGUCCUCACUCAGGGGGAGAAGUACAGUAUGGAGAAGAAAGGCUGCAUUCACAUCCUGCUCAUACAUAAAGUGAGCGCAGAGGACGGUGGAGAGUACAGCUGCGAUGCAGGAGACAAGAAAAGCACCGCCGUGCUGACCGUGAAAGAGCGUGUUCGCAUCGUCCGAGAGCUCCACGACAUCACCGUGACGACGGGGCAGGACGCCGUCUUCGAGGUGGAGCUCUCCCACCUGGGCGCCGAAGGCUGGGAGUGGUGGCUCGGAGACAACCUGCUGCAGAACAACGACCUGAAUCAAAUGAGCAGUGACGGGCGGCUGCAGCGCCUGGUGCUGAAGAUGGUGACCACCGACGAGACCGGGGACGUGGCCUUCGUCAUGGGGGAGGAGCGCAGCGUGGCCUGCCUGCUGGUGGAGGAGAAACCCAAAGUGCUCAUAGUAGAGAAGCCACACGACACGAAGGCCUUAGAGGGUGAAACUGUGACUCUGGCUUGCACAAUCUCCAACCCCAAUGGCACGGUCACCUGGAUGAGGAACAAUGAGACCCUGCGAGCAGGACUGAAGUACGACCUGAGACAGAACCAGGCCUCCCACCAGCUCCGGAUCCACAACCUGGUGCCCGAAGACUCGGGAACAUACACCUGUGACACCGGAGAUGCACAGUGUGACGUCACAUUGACUGUGGAAGGUUCCCCAGCCUUCUUCCAUAAAGAGCUCAAGAGCCAGGAGGCAGAGGAGGGUGACGAUGCCACCCUGCGCUGCGAGGUGUCUAAGCCGGGCGUCCGUGUGGAGUGGAGGAAAGGAGGUGUAGUCCUCCAUCCCGGAAACAAGUACAAGAUCAAGCAAGACGGGAUCGUCCGAGAGCUCCAGAUAAGCAACCUGGAUCCGGAAGACAGCGGCUACUACACCUGUGAUGCUGGAGACGCGCUCACUACAGCUUCUCUGGCCGUGAAAGUGAAAGAAGUCUUCGUUAUCUCUGGUCUUAAGACCACUGACGUGUUUGUGGGCGAGUGGGCGGCGUUCUCCUGCCAGCUGUCAGGCCGGGCUCCCGGCAGGGUGGAGUGGUGGCUGGACGGCACCCUGCUGGAGAACAGCCCCACUAGCGAGAUAGGGCUGAGCCAGGGCAACGUCCACACGCUCACCUUAAAGAACCUGGCCACGGACGACUCCGGCACGGUCGCCUUCAGAGCCGGCAGCCUCACGUCCACGGCCAAGCUCUUAGUCAAAGAUCCCACAGUUGAAGUGGUGAACGAGAUGGAGGACCUCUGGGUGGUUGAGAACCAGCCGGCCGAGUUCAUCUGCCAGUACUCUCGGCCUGUCAAGGCCCAGUGGAAGAAAGACGGGCAGCCCGUGCAGCCUGACGGCCGAAGGGUGGUAGUGGAGCAGGACUGGACUGUGGCUCGCUUGUACAUUAGCCGCGUGUCGGCCGAGGACAGGGGCUCGUACUCCUGUGAGGCCGAGGGGACCUGCGUGGUCGCUUCACUUCAUGUGGAAGCCAAACCCAUCCACAUCGUUCAGGGCCUGGAGAAUGCGGAGACCUUCGAUGGCGGCGAGGUGCUGUUCGAGUGUGCUCUGUCUCGGCCUGAAAGCAAAGAUUUCUGCUGGCUGCUUGAUGGGAAACCCAUCAAAGAGUCUCGUACUGCUGAGAUUGUGACCUUCGAGAGCGGCCGGCGCCACCUGCUGCUGCUCAAAGAGCUGCAUGUGAAGGACAGCGGCACAGUGAUGUUCAAGGCUGGGACGGCUUCCACCACCGCCCAGCUCUCAAUUAAAGGCUGGCAGCUGGAAGUGGUGAAGCCUCUGGAGGACAAAGUGGCCGCGGUGGGAGAGAAGGUGGAGUUCUCCGUGGAGCUGACGGAGCCCGUCCCCUCAGCAGAGGUGGCCUGGUAUGCUAACGGGGUGGAGCUGAAGCCCAGCGACCUGUGGGCCAUGAGGGCCGACGGACCGGCGUACCGGCUGGUCCUCAGACAGGCGCCACUGAUGCCCCAGCAGGAGAUCACGUUCGCAGCCAGAGACGCCCUUUCUCUGGCCAAACUCACAAUCAUCUCGGUGCCGGAUCCCCCGGAGGACCCUGAGGUCCUCAGUAAGACUCAGCAGUCCGUCACCCUCUCCUGGUUCACCCCGCUCCACGACGGAGGAAGCCCCAUCCUGGGCUACAGGGUGGAGACCCGGCUGGUGGACAGCGCCCUCUGGCUGCCGUGCCAUUCGGAGGCGGUGUGUAACACUGAGUUCGUGGUGGAAAAUCUCAGCGCGGGAAGCAGCUACAGGUUCAGGGUGGCAGCCAUCAACCGAGCCGGGACCGGAGAGCCCGUGGAACUGCCUCAGACCGUCCAGCUGGAUGUGAAGCCGGUGGAGUCGGAGGCUCUCGGACAGCCCAGCCUGCCUCCUGAAGCCGCCGAGGAGGCCGACCUCCAUGAGCUGUGGGAGGAAUCGGCAAAGAAACGGCGCAUGAGCCGUGAGCCCACCCUGGACUCCAUCACCGAGCAGCCCGAGGACGACGGGAAGAAGAAGAAAGAGGAGGUCAAAUCGGCGGAGAAGGAGUCGGUCGUCGUGUCCAAGACACAAGAGUCCAAAGUGAGCAUCAGCUCGCACGAAGAGGCAGUCUCUGAAAGCUUGUCAAUAGCAUCCUACCUUAAAACCACCAGCACAACGGCGGUGACGGUGGUCACGUCAUCCAACAAGUCCGAGACGAUGACCACGGAGAGGUUCUUUGAUCAUUUCAAGAAUGCAGAGAAGCGGACGGUGCGGCCGGCGGAGGUGACCGCCCCUCAGACGCCUGAAGAGAAACAGGCUAGUCCAGAGGACGCCAGCCUCUUGGAGAUUAGCAAAGAGGACGAACCGGAGCUCAGAGAGGCCGCCAUCAAGAUUCAGGCCGCCUUCAAGGGCUACAAGGCCCGCAAGGACAUGAGGCCUGUUUUCAAGGAGGUCUUCAAAGACCAGACCAAAGAGCCCAGCGGCACCAUCCACCUGGAGUGUGUCGCUGAGGGGAAACCAGACAAGGUCCGCUGGAUGAAGGAUGGGGAGCCGCUGAUGGACGGAAAGCACCAUCACAUCGACAUCUACAACGAUGGCACCUGCCUGCUGGUCAUCACCGCCAUCACCACCAAGGACACGGGGGUGUACACCUGCGAGGUCACCAACAAGUUCGGGGUGACGUCUCACAGCGCGAAGGUGACGGUGGGCUCAGCGAGGGAGUCGUCGGGGAGGCGCCCGCUGACCGUGGGCUACAGUGCCGACAGCGAGCCCGAGAGCUCUUCAGGCAGCGAGAUGGACGAGAACCUGCGGCAGGCCAGCCGCCGCCUCCGCCGCCUGCUGCGCACUCGCCUGCCGCCCGACGUGGAGGAGGAGCCGUUCGUCAGUGCGGACGAGGGAGACCUGCCACCCCCCGACCCUCACUCCUAUCGCGAGGACGAAUUCUACAUCUACAUUCGCUUCGACUCGCGCUCCGAGGCCGAGGUGGCCUCGCAGAGGUUCCAGGAGAUGUUCACGGUCCACGGCGUCCCCGUGGAGACCACCAUCCUGCCGGCCGGGCCGCUCAAAGUGGAGCUGAGGAUCAAAAAGAUGGGCCUCUCGCAGGACGGCACACAGACGCCGACACAAGACCGACCGGCUCCUGCAAUCAUGACCGGAGCUCCAGCUGCCCCGGUGUUCCUCACAGAGCUGCAGAGUCAGGACGUCCCUGAUGGCUACCCCGUCAGCUUCGACUGCGUGGUCAUCGGAAAGCCUCCUCCCAACGUCCGCUGGUACAAGGACGGCAAGCUGCUGGAGGAGAACGACCACUACAUGAUCAACGAGGACCAGGAGGGCUGCCACCAGCUCAUCAUCACCACCGUGCUGCCCACCGACAUGGGCGUGUACCGCUGCACGGCCGAGAACAGCAGCGGCAUCGCCGCCACCAAGGCCGAGCUCAGGGUGGACAUGUCGUGCAGCUCAGACUACGACACGGCCGCCGACGCGACCGAGACGUCGUCCUACGUCAGCGCUAAGGGGUACGCCUCCAGCAGAGAAACGGAGACCUUCGAGUCUGUGGCCGAAGACGAUCAGCUGCCUCAGGUGGUGGAGGAGCUCCACGACGUUCACGUCAGUCCAGGUUCACCCAUCGCUAAGAUGCAGCUGAAAGUUAAAGGUUUCCCUAAACCCAGAGUGUACUGGUUUAAAGACAGCCACCCUCUGAGGCCCUCAAAGCGGGUUGCGCUGUCAUCUGAGAGAGACGUUCACAGCGUGGAGAUCGUGGAGGUGAAGAGAGACGACAUGGGCGAAUACUCGGCUUACAUCAGCAACGCAGCCGGCUCCGCUUAUUCCUCCGCUCGACUGAUCGUACUGAAUCCUGGAGAGAGGAUGCCACAAGAUAAACGAGACCCUAAGGAGCCUCUGGUGCCACCUCGAUUCCUGGAGAGGUUCAGCAACAGGAAGGUGAAACAAGGAGCCAGCAUCACUCUGUCGGUUAGAGUGGAAGGCUCCCCCGCCCCGACGGUGUCCUGGCUGAAGGAGGAGUCGCUGGAGGACGUCCUGUGGAUCAAACCCGACACCAAGGGUUACAAGAUGGCCAGCUCGGGUCGGCAGCAUAGCCUCAUCCUGAUGGACGUGGGCCCCGAGUACAGCGGCGCCUACACCUGCAUCGCCACCAACAGGGCGGGGCAGUCCAUCCUCACCGCUCACCUGGAGGUGGACCGCACUCCUCAACCAAAGAAAGAGCCUGUACCCUCCGAGGUUCUUGGGAUCACUGUUAGUCCUCCAGAGGAGGAGGUGGGCCAAGGAAAAGAGAGCAAGGUGCCUUACCUCGGUGAAGUAGGUACAGAGGAGUUCCUCAUGAAACUCACCUCUCAGAUCACUGAGAUGGUCUCUGCAAAGAUCACUCAGGACAGUUUACAGAAUCACGAAGUGCUCCAGUGGAUGAAAUCUUGGCCCAAAACUACCACUUCGUUACGAGUGCCGGGCGCCGACAGUGACGACGAGACCAAGACGCCUUCUCCAUCGCCUCACCACGGCCGCUCUCGUCCCCCGUCGCUCAUCGCCGACUCGUCCUCCGAGUCUGACGAAGGCGACGCCAGAGGGGAGAUGUUUGACAUCUACGUGGCCACGGCGGACUACAACCCCACCAUGGCGAGCAAAGACUCCAUCACCUUGAAGGAGGGGCAAUACGUGGAGGUUCUGGACUCAGCUCAUCCACUGAAGUGGUUGGUUCGGACCAAACCCACCAAAACCACGCCGUCCCGCCAGGGCUACGUGUCUCCGGCCUACCUGGACAAAAAACUCAAACUUUCUGCUGAUACAAGUGAGCUUCCAGAGACCAGCGUGGAGGAGGAAGUGUCUGAGGGGGAGUACAAGAGGAAACUAUUCCAACUGAUCCAGGAUCUGAUAAACGGGGAGUCGGAGUUCAUCCGGGAGGUGGAUUUCUUCACGUCUCACCACCUGAAGCACGCAGACAGCCCCGACGCUCCGCCCGACGUCAGCGCGCAGAAGGACGCCAUCUUCAGGAACAUCGACGACAUCAAGACCUUCCACCACAGGGCGUUCCUCCCCAAGCUGAACGAAUGCGACACGGACGACGACGUGGCCAUGUGCUUCCUGAAGAACAAAGAGGGCUUCGAGAAGUACCUGCAGUACCUCGUGGGUCAGAGUCAGGCUGAGUCUGCAGUCGGAGACAAGAGCGUCCACCGCUUCUUCAAGGAAUACUCUGAGAAGCAGCAGGCCGACGCCGAUCCCGCAGACCCUCCUGUGCGAAGCAUCAACGCCUAUCUCCAACAACCUCUGGACAGGAUUCAGAAGUACAAGGCCACCCUCAAGGAGCUCAUCCGAAACAAAGCCCGAAACGGUCAGAACUGCUGCCUGCUGGAGGAGGCCUUCGCCAUGGUGUCGGCUCUGCCUCAGCGCUCCGAGAACACCCACCACGUCUCCCUGAUCGAGAACUACCCCGCCACCCUGGAGGCUCUCGGAGAGCCGAUCAGACAGGGACCUUUCCAAGUGUGGGAGGGCGCUCCGGGAAUCAGGUCGUCCUCCAGGGGGCACCACCGCCACUGCUUCCUCUUCAAGAACUACUGCAUCAUCUGCAAACCCAAGAGAGACAGCAACACUGAAACUCAAGCAUACGUCUUCAAGAACAUGAUGAAGCUGAAUAACAUCGACGUGAAUGAAACAGUGGAGGGAGACGACCGUGCCUUUGAGAUCUGGCAUGAGCGUGAGGACUCGGUGAGAAAAUACACCUUACAGGCCCGAACUGUGACCAUCAAGAACUCGUGGCUGAGGGACUUCAGAGAGCUGCAGCAGAGAUACAGUUUACCGGCCUGGAGUCCUCCAGAUUUUGAUGAGAUUCUGGCGAACUGCACGGCAGAGCUGGGUCAGACGGUGAAACUGGCCUGCAAAGCCACCGGAAUCCCCAAACCAACGGUCACCUGGUACAAAGACGGACGCGCCGUGGAGGCGGACCCCCAUCACAUCAUCAUCGAGGACCCCGACGGCUCGUGCACGCUCAUCCUGGACAACAUGACUGCGGACGACUCUGGACAGUACAUGUGCUUUGCGACCAGCCCGGCUGGGAACGCCAGCACGCUCGGAAAAAUCACAGUUCAGGUUCCUCCUCGCUUUGUGAAUAAAAUCAGGAAUGCUGUGUUUGUGGCUGGUGAGGACGCUCAGUUCACCUGUGUGAUACAAAGCGCUCCGAGCCCCAAGAUACGGUGGUUUAAGGAAGGUCGGCUGCUGACGGACCAGGAGAAAUAUCAGACCUACAGCGAGUCCCGCAGUGGAGUUCUGGUUCUGGUCAUAAAGAACCUGACAGAACGAGACCUCGGGCAUUACGAAUGUGAACUGUCCAAUCGUCUGGGCAGCACCAAGUGUGGUGCAGAUUUGGUCCCGCCCUCUUCUGUGGCUCGCUCCGGCGAGCAGGCCAUCACUAUCGAAGUGACUGAGCAGGAGACCAAAAUACCAAAGAAAACCAUCAUCAUAGAGGAGACCAUCACCACGGUGGUGAAGAACCCACGGAUGAGGAGGCACAGAUCUCCAGGCCUGACUGUGGUCAGCGCCCACCGCUCUGAGACCUCCACCCCUGAACCUCCGUCAGCCCGGCAAAGGAGGACCCCUGUUCCCAGGAAGACCACCAUCCCGACCCUGUACGUGACGCAGGCCGAAGGUGCCGAGGCCCGUGUCGUCGAGACCAGGCCCAGGUGGGUGGAGGUGGAGGAAGUCAUCGAGUACAAGGUCAACAAGUCCCCCAGGCUGUCCAGGAGGAGAGGCAUCUCUCCAGCGGGGCUUGAGAGGUCAACCACACCCUCCAGACCCAAGAGGCCCCCACACGACAACCCCAAUGCCAACAACUCCAACAACAAGCUGGUGGGAGCGGCUCAGGCUCAGCUGCAGGGAGACUUGAGUGGGCAGCCACUGUCCUGGGAGGAUGGAGAGUCCGCCGCGUCUGCCUCCAUUUCCUCACAGAUCCACGAGGUCUCGUCUGUUCUGAACCCCGGCGGAGUCGACUGUGAUGACCAGGAUGAUCAGGAGACUAUCAUCUUCCAACCUGAUGAGGAGGAGGAGGAGAAGGAGGAAGAACCCAUCGUCCUGAAGCAGGGGGAUCGUGUCCUCAACUUGGAGGACUUGGAGGAUUACGUCCCAGAGGAGGGGGAGACGUACGGUUCCAGCCACCCAGCUCUGGACGAGAAGCCCUGCGAGAUCUCGGUGUUGCAGCGGGAGAUCGGCGGCUCCUCUGUUGGGCAACCCGUGCUCCUCAAUGUGGGUCGGCCCGACGUGGCACAGCGGCCAAGAGGUGGAUUCUUCGGUCGCUUUAGAGAGCACCGCUCCGGCAGCGUCUUUUCUUCUCCUGGGAUCCUCCCCCAGGCCAGCGGCGUAAGGUCCAGAACGGAGCGCCAUGUCCCGAUCCGAGUGAGCCGCACCGAGCUGGAGGUGAGGCCUUCCUACUGCUCAGAAGUGCAGAGGGUGGAGGGCGGGCAGCGCAGCUUCAAAACCAAAGUGUCCACUCAGACCUUCGGCUACACGUCCGUAGGAAACCCCGUCACCCUGCAGUUCCCGGAAACCCCCCGUCAGAACCAGUAGGAGCAAAGUCCCCCCUCCAAGUCUUAAAUGGAGAUGAAUCCUAAACCUCGCUGUGUCUGACGAACCAUUCCAGGAUGAAGCCGCCCAACAGGACACGGUCUCAGACGACCUCCUCAUACUGAUGGAAACUGUAAAGGUUUCUACUCACAGAAACCAAGAAACCAAAGAAAUUUCACCAGAUGCCGAAGUCAUCAUCUGUUGUUAUUUACUGAAUCAUUACUCACUAACACAAUCAAAAGCACAGUGACUGGUUCAAAGCUGCCUCGCCUCUCUCAGAGCAUUGAUUGUUCACAGCAAAUGAGUUUUCACAUUGUGCGUCUGCAUCUGUGAAAGGUCCUCAGAUUCAGGCAGCAUGCAUGCACCAUCAUCUUUUAUUGUGCAGCUAUGUCCAUUCUUGUUAAAUUAUUGCAAUGAGAUGUGUGGUUUUUCAGUACGGUGGCUUACAAACGACUAAUCUCCUUUUUUUUUUGUGUGUGGUUGGACUUUCUUGUUUCAUUCAGUAAAUGUCGGUGAUACCAAAGCAAUGAAAUCUGUUUGAAUUAUUGCUGAGUAUCAAACCACGCAUUUAGCAAUGUGUUGCAGUUUCAGUCAAAAAAUAAGCUGAAAAUGACAGUUCUACUGAAGAAAGCUAAGCAGCUAGCCACAGCGCAGUCAGAAGUGCAGUACCACUGUGUCCCACCAGAUGGUGCGGCGAGUCACUGUAUUCCUGCUUGCAGUCAACAGAAGAAAUUGGAAUAACUGUACAUUAAAUGAUGAAGAGUGACUCACUGUUGUCGCCAAGUGCAGAGAAGUGGUAUCACUCUUAUUUAAAGUGUCAUUAGGUCAUUUCAACAAGUUUUAUCUUGCUUCAUUUUUUGUUAAAAUUAAGUAUUAUUUUUUGCACAAGCUUGAUAAAAACUAAUGUUUCUGUUUGUGUGACAACAGUAAAAAUACUUUUUAUUUUUGUGAAUGUGGAAUGAAGUUCUGUAGUUCUUAAUUUGGGUUAACUCAGAGGGCAAGAAGCUCAGAUUUAAGAGUUCACAGCUGUUAUAAAGAGGGGAAAACAGAGACCCGUACCAGGUCAGAACGAGCUGGAAGUACACGUUCACUGCCAUUUUUCGCUCGUGCCCCCACUGUCCCCCCGAUAUCUCUAGAAAAGCUGAAAACUCUUCAAUCUCAGCGCUUGUUGGCUUCUGAUUAAACGCAGUACUUUAAGACUGAAAACGUUCUGGAUCCUUGUUCCACGAUUCUUAAAAAUCGCUUCCUAGCUAAGUGAUUAUAUCUCGAUGACAUUAAAGGAGUUUCAUAGAUUUUUUCCAACAGUGACUCGAAUGUGGCUUCUCCUAACAGUUAAGCAUGACAUUUAAGGUUAAGUGUACUUCUGUAGGAGUUUGAGAACCUUUUGACAGUGCCGAUCUAGAACCAGAUGUUCCUGCUAUAUCAGCUGAAUUUUGUACUUCCCAGACGUUGGUGUGUCUUUGGACACGUGCCGCCGGCUGAUGUUUAAUCGAGUGCCUGCAUGGGUUUGCUUCCUUGGAGCAAAACGAUGUCUUCGACCUCUUUGGGUGUGAUUUUAAAGACGUGUGCCGUUUGUGUUGCGGAGUCCGUUACCAGGAUUGGUGUAAGAAUAUUAUGAAAGCACUAACAGGUUGUAGUAGCUUGUAAUGUACAUGUGUAGUUUUGGACAAAAAAACCUGGUUGAUUACGAAGUGUUGAAUGAAAUAAACGAACU